AUGUCGGACACCGGUUCAGUUCUCUGGUUUUUGCACCGUGAAAUGGUGAUUGAAACGCUGGUGUCUGAUUUAUGCACUAUACCUAUUUUAGAUCCUUUUGCUGAGGCAAAUUCUGAGGAUUCAGGUGCUGGGACAGAAGAGUAUGUACACAUUCGUAUACAGCAAAGAAACGGUCAGAAUGAUAAGAUUAUCGAUCUGCUUGGUUGGUCGCUUCAAGUACUACAGGCUGGCAUUGUGCAGGAGCAUAUCAAGAUUCAUGGUUUCUAA